AUGUCGGCAAAAUUCUCACAAACUUUACAAAUCAGUGAUCUCAAUGAUUACAUCGCACCAUCACAAGCUUGCAUAGUCUCUCUAAAUGGGACUACGACUGCUAAGAAGCAGGAGACAUCCCAGAACCAAGUGGUGAUUGCACCUUCUGUCAAACAAUUGGACAUGAAACCAGUUAAAAUUUCAUUGAAGGACUGCUUGGAGUGCAACAUAGAGCAUGGAUCUGUGUUGCUGUGUUGUUGCUGUCUUGGCUAGGGAUACAAGGAUGAGAAGAAGAUGGUCAAUGAAGCAGAUGGUGCUGCUGUGGAUAGACGGAGGAUGAAAGUAGA